AUGCAAUGUAUUCGGUUUUGCGACGUUAAAUGCAAUAGAAAGAAAAUAGUUAAAUUUGAGCAAAGAAUUACGAAUUUAUUUGUCACUUUAUUUAACAAUAUUUACAAUCUUUCACCUUCUACUGAUAUAGAUCGCUCAGGCCAAUUAGUUUUGUUUCUUGCACAAUUUGUAGCUUGGACGAAGGAAACAACCAUGCAAUCUGAAUCACUAAAUAAUUGCAUUUCUCAAAUCAAAAAUCGCAACCCAUUUUCACAAAUUGAGCCUGCACACACAUCUUACAUUGAACAACUAAAGGAAGGGCUCGAAAUAUCGGAAGGGAAUACCUCUGUUGUGGUUGACGAAUCCGUAGAAGAUAAGCCUAAUGAAAUAGAAGAAAAUAUUGAAGAAGAAUCUACUGAAGAUGUAAAUAAAAUUGUCAAUGAAAUUAUUGAAGGAUUAAUAGAUAGUUCAGAAAAGGCGAAUAAUUUAAUAAAUGAUGAAUCAACUAAUUUACAAGAACAAAUUUUAUUGAAUACUCCUUCAACUGUUGUGGUUAUUAUGCUUUUGAUAUUGUUUUUAAUAAUGUAUCUUAGGAAUGCGGUGAGGCAAUACAUAAAAAUUUAA